AUGUCGUCGCCCACCGCCCCAGAGCCUGACGCACCUACAGUCGAGGCGAGUACCGCAGACGUCGAUGCAGACGUUGACAUGGGCGACGGCACUACACAACAAGCCAACACGUCAGCCACCGCGAACGGUGUUGCAUCCUCGAAUCCAGAUCAAGACAUGGCAGACGCCGCGCCCCAGCCAACCACUACUACACAGCAGAAUCGCAAAGAUGCGACACUGCGGGAGUUCAUGAGCAAGAUGGAUGACUAUGCGCCGAUUAUACCGGACGCAGUAACAGCGCACUACCUCACCCUCGCCGGCCUUCCUCCACCCUCCCCCAGCGAUCCAACUGGCGCGACCACCAACACAACCCCGCUGCCCCUCGCACGCCUCCUCGGCCUCGCGACUCAGAAAUUCAUCGCCGACAUCGCUGCCGACGCCUACCAAUACAGCCGCAUUCGCGCAGGCGGCACGUCCAAUAGUCUUGCUACAGCCGCGAUGGGUAGCGGUGCGCCUGCGGGAGGUGCAGGUGGUGGCGCGGGCACAGGAGGAGGUGCUGGUGGCGGGAAGGGGGGCCAGAGUACGGGAUUGGGUGUGCAGAGGGCUGGCUUCGGUGGAGGAGGGGCGGGAGGGACGAAAGCGGUGUUGACGAUGGAGGAUUUGGGGAUGGCGGUGCAGGAGUAUGGGGUUAAUGUCAAGAGGAGUGAGUUCUAUCGGUGA